CCUCAUUUUUGGGCAACUCAGUGAAUAAGGGACCGCCGUAGCUUUAGUCUAGCGAAAACGCUCGCGGAUUGACUCUCUUCGUCGUUCGUCUUCUCUCUCCUUCUCGCCGACGGCCAUCAAUUCUACGCCGUCUCUCUCUAUUUUCCCUCCAGCAACAAAACCAGAAAUUUAGCUAGCAAAGUCUUAGAACUUAUCGUGGAUCAGUGUUAAUCACCAUGGUAAAUCACAGGCACAUACUCUCCGUCCUUGUGAUCGUUGGCUUUUUAUCAACCAUAGCUCAAUCAGUUCGAUUCGAUCUGCAAUCGGGUCACACCAAGUGCAUAGCCGAAGACAUCAAAUCCAAUUCCAUGACCGUCGGCAAGUACUCGAUCGUCAACCCCAACGAAGGUCAUCCCAUGCCCGAGUCCCACAAAAUCACCGUCAGGGUAACUUCGGCGUAUGGGAAUAACUACCACUAUGCGGACCAUGUGGAAUCGAGUCAGUUUGCGUUUCAAGCUGUGGAGGCUGGGGAUUACAUGGCUUGCUUUUGGGCAGCUGAUCACAAACCUCAGACAACGGUUACGAUUGAUUUUGAUUGGAAGUCUGGCGUGGCUGCUAAGGACUGGACCAAUGUUGCCAAGAAAGGAUCUGUUGAAGUUUUGGAAUUAGAGCUGAAGAAACUGCAUGAAACUGUUACAUCCAUUCAUGAUGAGAUGUUUUAUCUCCGAGAAAGGGAACAAGAGAUGCAGGAGCUUAAUAGAUCAACCAACUCCCGGAUGGCUUGGUUGGGUUUCUUUUCACUUGCUGUUUGUUUAUCAGUGGCAGGUUUGCAGUUAUGGCAUUUGAAGACCUUUUUUGAGAAGAAGAAGCUUAUAUAAUUUUGUAAUGGAUACUA